AUGGGAGUGUCGUUCGUCAGGCCCUUCAAGUUGGUUCUGUCCAAGCUUGAUGCCUCAGAUAUAGCGAUGCGGAUCCAGGAGGUGGAGCAGGUCGAAUAUCGGUUGUACAGGCGAAGAUGGGUCGGGCUCGUCGCGAUCAUGAUACUGAACGUGGUUGCGGGGAUGCCUCUCGUAUGGUUCGGCCCCAUCGCGGACGAUGUGGUCGAGCAAUUUGGCAUCACCCUCGACCAGGUAAAUUGGCUGGGAAAUGUCGUGAACGUCAUCUACGUACCCUGCGCGUGCGUAAUACCCGCACUAUAUUCAUGUAUCGGCCUCAAAAAAUCGUGCUAUGUGGGCGCGAUAUGUUUCGUCGUUUCUGGUUGGAUACGCUACGCCGCAACAGCGAAGCCGCUGUCGAUGAAUGGUGCCUUCGUUCUGAUGCUCCUGGGACAAAUACUUGCCGGGUUCGCCCAACCGAUAUUCCAGGUGCUGAUCCCGAGGUAUUCGGAAAAGUGGUUUGACCUCAGAGGUCGCACCACUGCGACCAUGCUUAUGUCGAUAGCCAAUCCAUUUGGGACCGGUUUGUCUCAAUUGAUAUCGCCCUUGUGCGGGACCCCUGGUCAGUCGCUCCUCAUUCUGGGCAUUGUAUUCAGCGCCGCGACGCCGCUUGUAUUCUUCAUCGAGGAUGCACCCCCCACCCCUCCAACACCUUCCGCUGCCGAACAGAACCCAUCUUUCAGGUCGCUCGUCAUUGCCCUGAUAGGGAAGACACCAUACGAUGCGCCGACGUACAUGACUUUCCGACAACGCAUCGACUUUGUCGUGAUGGCGCUUGUUUUUGGGGUGUUGGUCGGAAUCACCACGUCCUUCUCCAUCCUCACAGCGCAAGACCUUGAGCCGUACGGCUACGGCGACUUGAUCUCCGGCCUGAUGGGCGCAACUAUCCUCCUCGUCGGUGUCGUCGCGGCGGUGAUCACCGCCCCGCUCUUCGACCGCGUUCUGUCGCACCACCUUGCGCUCAGCUGCAAGUGUGUGUGCCCCAUACUCGGGGCAAGCUGGCUGAGUCUGAUCUGGGCAGUGCGCGCGAACAACACUGGCGCGCUCUUCGCCAUCAUGGCCAUCAUCGGCGCGUCGAGCCUGACCCUGCUCCCGGUCGCGCUCGAGCUCGCGGUAGAGCUUACGCGCAACGCAGAUGGGAGUUCCGCCGUGCUCUGGGGAUCGGCUAACCUGUUUGCUGUGAUCUUUGUCGUCGUCGAGGGCGCACUACGCGCCGGGCCAGAUGCGCACCUGCCGUACAACAUGUCGCGCGCGCUCAUAUUCCAGGGCGUCCUCGCAUGCGCCAUCGUCGUCGCAUUGGUGCUCGAGGGCAAACAGCAGCGGCGCGCGGAGGAUGAGCGCCGGAUAGCAACUGCUCGUGCGGUUACGGGUGAUGCGCUGCGGCUUGCAGAGAUCGUACGGCGCAGCGAUGGGAAGUCGGACGCGGGGACGGGAUGUGAGCUCGAUGUGUAG